UUCAUUUGAAGCAAUCAACCAACUUCUGUCUUCUUGGCCACUGCCACCAUUAUCAUCACCUUCAAACUUCAUCCCAACCAUCGUCUUUUCAUACAAUCGUCAGUCCAAAAUUCCUAUUUCCAUAUUCAACCUUAACCACCAUCACAAUGUCCUUUGGUCCUGUCACCGCUUACCCUGCCGCCGCCACCAUGUCUUCCCCUUUCCCUACCGCCGGAACCAUGCAGUCCGGUUACCCCGGGGAAAUCCCCCCCGCCGCAACCUACCAGGCUCCCGUUGCCGCGGCCGCCAAGCCCUCAUAUGAGGAGCUUGAGCGUGCGUGCGCCCUUCUGCAGGGCCACUGUCAAGCCCUGUGGGACGAGAAGAACUUCAUCCAUCACCAAGCUACGAUGGAAGUCUCUCGUCUCACAGAGGCGAACAGGGUGCAGAAGGGCGCCAUAGAGAAGGCCAAGAAGGUCUUCAAGGGUCUCAUAAGCGACCGACAGCGACUCCAUGUCGACAACCGCCGCCUCAAGCUUAAGCUUGACAAGCUUGAGCAAUCUUGCGGCGCAAUGGUUGUCGACACGGACGCCAGCGUCGAGGCCCAAUGCGCCCGUCUACAGGGCCAAAACGCGGCCCUUGAGGAAGAACUCAAGGGUUUGCAGAGAGAGUACAUGGAGUUGGUGGAGAAGUCCGACAACGAGCAGAAGAGCGCCUCGGCUCUGCUGUCUGAGGUCCAAGAUCGAGCGAUCAAGGACGCAGAGAGCCAGGCGGCCACUGCGAAGGAAACGGAGAAGACGAUGGAGAAGAAGGUAAGGGAGCUCAAGAGAGAGGUGAAGGAGCUCCGGGAGAGCUACUCCUCCUCAUUCCGCAAGCACUGUGUGCGGUUUGAGAAGGAGUGCCGAAAGCACUACGAGAAGCAACUCGUGCUCGCCGAGCGCGAGUUGUCCGACCGUCUCUCCCGGAGUGUCCAGAGCCUCCAACAGCCCACCCCUUCUUCUUCUCCCGCUUCCUUCCCUUCUAGCUCCCCUCAUCCCACCACUCCGUGUACUCUCCAAUACACACCUCCCACCCCUCUCUCUUCCCUCCUCGCCGCCGACACCCCCAAGACCCCCGAGACCCCGACUCCUCUGUUGAGCAAGACCAAGCGCUGGAAGGAGUGUGAGUCCUUGACGGACGCGCUCAGUCUUGCUCAGCAAGAGCACUCGGCUGUUGGGGGAGCCGCCAUGCAUGUCCUCCAGCAGUACCAGCUGGAUGGCGGCAUCGAGCGCACCGACCCGACGGCUGCGCUCGAGGCGGCUCAUAAGGGGCACGAACGUGUCCGCGAAUCGGCUAUCUCCACCCUCCAAGGACUAGGAGCGGUGGAGGAGGAGUUAAAGGGCGUGCUGAGCCAACGGGGGCGCCAGCAACGUCUCUGGAAGAGAGAGGAGGAGGCGUGUAAGGGCCGGAAGCCAAAGAGGCUUUCCCGCCAGUAGAUAUCCUCCCGUUCCGUCGACCACCCCGGCCCACAAGGCCCGAACCUUGUCUGGCCUCCUAGUGAAGGACGACCCCUAUUCAUUA